CGGAAGUUUACUGAUGUUAUGGUUUGAAUCGGGAGCGGGUCUCAAAAUUAAAUGCAUUAAUUUAGACCCUUUUACUUAACCAUGGAUUGAUUUCCUGAAAUAUAAAGUGAUGGCUAGCAGUGGGUCCGGUAUGGUUUCCAGCCUGUCUCCAGGGUUCACUUCUUCUCCUCUGCCAAAACUGAUGCAGGAGACAGAGCUGCAAAAGAUGUUGGCAGAUGAGAAAAUCCGCAGUGAGCAGCACAGGACCAACUAUCAAAUGCUGAAAGCAGAACACACAAGGCUCCAGGAUGAACACAUGCAGCUGCAACAUGAGAUGAGGAGAACGAUAGAGGAGGCCAAGAUGAUGCAGGACAGGUACAAAACACAGAUAGAGAUGGCGCAGAGAGAGACCUCGGCAAAAGUGGCAGAAAUAGAGGAGCUUAAAACACAGGUUGUAACCCCACAAAGGCUAGAGGUGAUUCGCAUGCAGAUUGCUGAAGAGGUAGAGGGACCCUACAGGGAGAAAUUCACCACUCUAGACAGCGAGGUAGAGGGCUACAGGAACCAGUACAACAAGCUCAGGUAUGAGUUCUCCUUUCUCAAAUCAGAGAUGGAGCAUGAGAGGGAGGAACAGAAGAAACUGGUGGAGGACAUGAAGUUGCAGCAUGAGGCAGAGGUUGCUAACUUAAGAAAAGAGCGCGAAGUGAUCCUCGCACGCCAGACCACUGACACUGCCGGAGAUGCACAGCGCGUUCGCGUCGUACAGCGUGAGAACUCUCAACUUCAGCUGAAGAUCAAAGGGCUGCUUACAGAGCUGGAGGAGAUCAGGGCACAGAGGGAACACAUGGGAAUGCAGUCUGACCAUGUCUCCAGGCUGCAGGGAAAACAACUGGCAGAACACUCGGCUAACAUCAAGGCAUUAGAGACAGAGAAACAAGCCCUCAGGUUGCAGUGCGAGAACCUCCAGAAGGAGCUGACGUCCACCUCGGACCUGUACACCCAGAUGACCAGCAAGAUCCACCAGCUGGAGCGUGACAACACCGUGCUGAAGAACAAGAUGGAGGAGGUCAGUCACAAGGCCAAGGUGGACCUCAGCAACAUGAGGAUGGAGCUGGUCCGGGAAAGGGGGGACUUGGAGAGGGAGAGAGAUGGUUUACUCACUAAAGUAGAAGACCUCCAGGCCCAGAUCGAUGUCACUAAACAUUCCAUGGAGCAACAGGCAGCGGCCAUUUUGGAAAAGGAGCGCGAGUGUGCCAAGAAAGUGCAAUCUGCUAGAGAGGAGGAGUGGGAGAGAACAAACAAACUAGAGACUGAGAGGUUGGAAUUGGAGGCCAAACUCCAAGAGAUUGAAAGGAGAAAAAUCGAUGAAGAGGCGCGGCGACAUGCUGACAAGGAGAGGGCAGAGGAACAAAUCAAGGCAGCACAUGGGUCACAGGAAGCUGCUGAGAAAGAAUGUGCAGUGCUCAGAACCAAACUGCAGCAAUACCAGUCCAUGGAAAUGCAACUGGAGCAGGAACGCUCCCAAAACUCCGAACUCAAAACAAAAAUCCACCAACUGGACACAGAUUACAACAGUCUGUUGAACAGCGAGCAGGAACUCAGUGAACUUGUCAACAAGCUUCAGACACAGCUGUCUGCGACAGCCUCUGACCUCUCCAAGGCACGGGAGCAGGUGAAGAGGACAGAGCGAGAAGGAGAUAAAGUUUUAGCGCAGCACAGAGGUGCCUGGGCCGAUGAGAAGGGAGAGUUACAGAAGAGGGUUGAAGAAUUGACAAGGGAGCUGGAAGACACACAUACUAAACUUACUCAGGCAACAGCAGUACAGAAAAAGAGGAAGGCACAGUACAGCAAACUACACACCAAACUAAAGAACAGGCUUCAGCUGCUGGAGGCCUCUCUGCAAGAAGUUCAGAUGGAAAGAGAUGUGCUGAAUAAAAAUGUGCCACAAGAAAUCCACAAUCGCCUUAAGAAGCAACUCAAAGACCUCCAGCGACGACACAAUGAAUUCCGCCAGGUCCUGAUCUCAGGUACAACCACCAACGUCCCCAUAGGAAACUACACGUUUGCUUCCAUGUCUGUGCCUAUGGACCUCAGUGCACCUGCCUUGAGCUUUGUAGAACAGGAGAAAACCCACCAGCGAGACCUGCGCCUUUUAAAGGAGCGACUGGAACAGCUGGAGGAGGAACAGGUGCACCAAGCCCAGGCCCUGGCAGAGAGAGUCUCCAUACACAAGGGGCCCAUCUUCUCUUCCACUCUUCGGGAGGUGGAGUCAGAGAACAGUGACAAAGAAAACGUGGAUGACACGUAAUGAAGACUUAUUUUAAAUUUUUUUUUAAUAUUGUCUAGUGUUGUACAAGGAUUUUUCAUGCAAAGUAAAUGGUUUCAGGCGUAAAAUAUUUCAGUAGACAGUUAUCUACCCAUUACGCUUUUGAAAACAGAAUUUAGUUAAGGAAAGACCUGUUUGACGAGGCAAUAUGGAUGGUUUAAGUUACCAUAUGUAGGGCACGGGAGUGAAGGGGCUUCCGUUUCCAUUAUGAUGCCAUAAGAACCUAUUGGUAUGAUACAUAAAUCCAGAUUUUUUUGAAAUUUUCUUCAUUUUUGAAUAAAAGUGGCACAUGUAAAUAUUGAUGAUGAAAAUCACAUUAAAAAAAAUCAACAAUAUAUAUAAAGAGGCAUUUCAACAUGCUAUUGUAAUGAAAUUGCUGCUCAGCUGAGACAGAGUGCAAAAAUAUAUGGUUACUGUGAAGGGCCGGACAUGUGUUUUAAUGCUCAAAUUGACAUUUGGUUGCAAUAAAUGCACAUGAUGGAAAAUGCAGGCCUUUUGAAAGGUACAAAAAUUACAGGGAUUUUCAAAUAUCAGUCAAUAUUUGUAUGGUUUGCCAUGAGAAUUAAAUUCUCAAUUUCGCAUUUAUAUGUGGAAGCAAACUUAACUGCACAUUAUUCAUCAUGAAAAAUUAUACCAUAUAUUUGGCAAUAAUAACAAUUACUAUAACACUGAUAUAUCUUCAAUUUUUUUAUUUGAUAUCCUUAAGCAUAAAUGUAUAUCUUUGUAUAAUUUACAAACUCCUUUUUGAAAAAAAUCAUAAUAAUAAUAAUAUUGGGAGAUAUCUCUGUACAAAUCAACUGUACCAUGUGCACCAGUCGAGAAAUGGGAUACUAGGUACCACCAAAAAUUAAUAUAAUAAUAAUUACUCAUUAACUUAGCCAAGCUUAAGAAUACAUAACAUUUUUUGCCCAGUGCUGUGCAGCGUGCUUGGUUUUUUUUUCCCCAUCAGCUUUAUGUACAAGUAAUAGCAUCAAACAUCAGUGCUUCUGAAACUAAACCAACCUUAAUUAUAAUAACUAACAAUUGAGGGAGUUCAAUGCAAGAACAACCCCUCUCUGGUCUUUGAUUGGCCAGGCUGUUCAGACUAUAACUAAACUAUAGGUGUCAGUCCUAUUCAAGAUAGGACUUAGUAUAUACAACAGAUCUAUCUACAGCAUAAGAUUGCACAAUGGCCAGGCUACUGCAAACAAGAUGCAAAAUGAAAGAAAGACAACUUAGUGUUGCUUGGACUAUUUACAUUAAUAAAGAAAAAUAAACUGUAACAGACUACAACAAAGUUGGAGUACUCCAAUUUAACAAUCAGUUCUUCUUCUAGUUAAAAACAAAAGAAAUUAACUAUAACAAAAUUGCUAUCUUUAAUUGCUUACAAGUUAUAAUUUUGGUUGAACAAACUACUGAUCUCAGCAAUUUUUCAAUUUAAUUAAUCACCACUGCCAUUAUCAUAUCUAACUUUGCUGUACACAUGCAAUUUACAAAGCAUAUUCUUGCAUAUGUAUACCCUUUUUGAUUGCUUGCAUAACAUAUGAAACUAUCUAAUAUAUGUUACAGAUCUCGCACAAAAUAAUCAUAUUUAAGGUCUUGCCCUGCAAGCCUUCUUGUCAAGUAACAGAUAACAUGUAAACAGUUCAUGAUUAUAAUAAUGACAUGGACAGUACAUCUUUGUUCGACAUAUUCUUGGCUCCUCGUUUACCUGGUUUGUACUUCAUUUUCACCAAAUUGCCAAAGUAAUGAUCUGAUAAUUGUACGUUUGUCAUUUUAAAUUUCCAGUAUGAACUCCUGGAAUCUUUUUUUUAUAUUUUUUGGCUAGGAAAGUAACACCUUGUAAAACAUAAACCUCAUGGUUGUGAUUUUUUAAAAAUAAGUAACUUUUUUUUACCAUCCUUGACUUAGAGAACAUACUGUUUCCAAACUUGCUUCCAAUUUCAAUCUCAGAUUGAAAUGGAAAUCAUAGUCAAAGAGGAAUGACUUCUCAACCUUAUAUAUACCUGUUUUACCCCACCUUUGGCAUUUUCCUCUAUCUUAGAUGGCACUGAAUGAGAUAAGAAGAAAGACGCCCAUCCUCAAAGGUUAUCACAUUUAUAUUAUAGAAUUGCGUGUGAACCUUGUACAUUUUUACAUACAGAAUUUGAGUAAUUGGAAAUUUUUGUACUCAUGUAAGGAAUUUUGUCAUGCUCACAUUUUCAGUAACAUACAGCUACUUGAUGAUGGAUAUUGGCAAAAGCAUGAGUGGAAACCUCCUUCGUGUGGAGUUCUAUCUUUGCUUUUGACUAUGACUUCACUAUUUUGGUACUUCAUAGGUUAAAAGUCCAUUAUGUAGACAGAUACUAUUGCAGAGGCUCAGCUAACCACCUAAAUAAUCAGUUACUUUUAAAAUUUUAGCAAACCGAUAUGGACCAUCAUUAACCUUGAGAAGUUGACUACAACAGAAACAACAUGUUUGAAACAAACCGUUUGGAACUGUUUCUCCAGUUUUAGAGCAGUGUGUGACUGAUUGUAUACCAAAAC